CCUCGCCGCCGCCCCCGCUGGGAGCCCCGCGGUGUCUUCUUGCUGCGGGGAAAUCAGACCUGAAAUUGGAGCCGGGGAAGCCCUUCGUCUUCCUCGACCUCAGCCCGCUCAUGUGUCCUAGAUCGGAUGGACUAUAACAUUAAAAAGAUAGGUUAUCUUACCACUCGGCUCGUUUUAGGAUGAUGGGUUACAUUUUAACUUGCAGGGUGUGUGUAACAGACGGUUGAAACUGGGUUACCUCGCUCUGGGCUGUCAUCUGGUCACGUUGCCAUUGCUGAAGGGCGAGGCUUUAAAGCUCCUGGGUCAAUUCCUAAUUCUUGAACAGGUGCCCUUGUUCUGCUCCAGGCCCUUGACAAAGACCCAUCGUUGAGUGGGGCUCCACUGCGGUCAGUCUGUGCCAAUAUUUUAUAAGCGGAUUUUCAAGCUAUGUGAAGAUCCAUUUUCAGAAGGUUUAUUCCUCUGUGAUGGAGAAGUAUGAAAAAAUUGGGAAAAUUGGCGAAGGAUCGUAUGGAGUUGUUUUCAAAUGCAGAAACAGGGACACGGGUCAGAUCGUGGCCAUCAAGAGGUUUCUGGAAUCAGAAGAUGACCCUGUCAUAAAGAAAAUCGCCCUUCGAGAAAUCCGCAUGCUCAAGCAACUCAAGCAUCCCAACCUCGUCAACCUGAUCGAAGCUUUCCGGAGGAAGCGGAGGCUGCACCUGGUCUUUGAGUACUGCGACCACACGGUUCUGCAUGAGUUGGACAGACACCGGAGAGGGGUACCAGAACAUCUCGUGAAGAGCAUAACUUGGCAGACACUGCAAGCUGUAAAUUUUUGCCAUAAACACAAUUGCAUACAUAGAGACGUGAAGCCAGAAAACAUCCUCAUCACAAAACAUUCAGUGAUUAAGCUUUGUGACUUCGGAUUUGCUCGGCUUUUGACUGGACCAAGUGACUACUACACCGACUACGUGGCUACCAGGUGGUACCGCUCCCCAGAGCUGUUGGUCGGGGACACGCAGUAUGGCCCCCCAGUAGAUGUUUGGGCAAUUGGCUGUGUCUUUGCUGAGCUGCUAUCAGGGCUGCCUCUGUGGCCAGGAAAAUCAGACGUGGAUCAGCUCUAUCUGAUCAGAAAAACCUUAGGAGAUCUCAUUCCUAGGCACCAGCAAGUAUUUAGCACCAAUCAGUACUUCAGUGGGGUGAAAAUCCCAGACCCUGAAGAUAUGGAACCACUUGAAUUAAAAUUUCCAAACAUCUCUUAUCCUGCCCUGGGGCUCUUGAAGGGCUGUCUUCACAUGAAUCCUGCUGAGAGACUGACGUGUGAACAGCUGUUGCAGCACCCAUAUUUUGACAGCAUCAGAGAAAUAGGGGAUUUGGCAAAAGAUCACGACAAACCAACAAAGAAGACUCUGAGACAGAACCGAAAGCACCUUCCUGGGUUGCAGUACCUACCUCAGCUGACUAGCAGCAGCAUCCUUCCAGCAUUGGAUAGUAAGAGGUACUAUUAUAAUACCAAGAAACUGAACUACCAUUUCCCAAACAUUUAAGGGCUUAGAGAUUGAUGAUAAGAAAAGAACUGAUCGUAACUCCAAGAAAAUAAAACAUACAUUUGAUUGAAAACCAUCACAAUUUUGAGAAAACAUAAGUAACUAACUGGGGGAGACCGCUUGUCAAGAUCUGAAGGGAAAUUCCAGAAGCAGUCUUCCAUGCUCGAUGAUGGUAUCCAGAACAAAAAGGAAAAACUCGUUUGGAUUUCCACUUGUGUUUUUGUAUCUAAGUAGCUGAACUUACGGACAGAUAUAUAAAUGGUAUCCACUGCCCAUUCCUCUGGCAAAAUUAGACAAGUAAAAGAGAUUUAUGCCUCAAUUUACCAUAUGCAACAAGUUAAAAAUGGAUUACAAAACACCCAUAUGUAUUUCCUUGGAUCUCUGUUGCCUUGAGUCUUAUCUCCUACCUUUUCAGAUUGUUUCAACAUCAUAUUUAAGGCGAGUUUUAGUUCUUGAAAUCAAAAUAUUUAAAAUUCCAUUUCAUGCUUGCUCUAUCUCUUGGUUUUUACAUUUUAAAACAUUUUUUGGAACAUUUAAGUUGUUCAAAAUAUUUAAAAUCAUGGAUCAUUGUAAAAAGACUUAGAUGCUUAUAUACUUAAUGAUAUGUUUAUAGACAUUUCUCACAUAUACUUUUGUCUUUACCUUUAGUAAAGGCUGCAUCUUAGUCACUUUUUCAGGCAAGAUAGAUUUACUGUACUCCAUCUACAUUUGUUCACUCAAUUCUCCUUGCGAACAAUGGCAUGAAGAUUGGCAGCUGACCAAGGUGAUCAAGGGUAGAACAAAACUUACAGGCUUAGCAGGAACUGAGCGUGCCAGCCUAAAAGUAUUUAGAACUUCAUUCUCUCCAGCUCAGCCUCAGACUUCAAGACAGAUCUACAGGCAGGACUGUAGUGAUCUGGGUUUUGGAAGAAAUUGCUUGUGAGCUUUUACUUGGGUCAUGAAAGACAUUAGGUUGUAAACUGAUGUUUUCCCUGAAAUAUCAUGUGUGUGUUGGGAGGGGGGCAAAAGUUGUUUGUAUGGAAAGUAAUACAAUAAUAAGUCAUAAUAUA